AUGAUCGUAAUUAACCCAAAGAGAGCCACGCUUCGGUUACCUGCCUCCUGCUUGCCUCGAUUCCUCCAGAUUUUCGUUCAGACCGCUACCUCUAAUCCAUUCGAUGGCAGGCUGUUCAUGCUCCGUACUGCAGCUUGUGCAGCUGUUCAAGAAACGACGCCGAAAGAGGCUCGACCGCAAGAAUCGAGAGUGGCCAAUGAGAGAUCUGAUGGGCGAUUUUUGCUGGGGGAUCUAAAACGUACUUGA